AUGCCUAGCCUCUUCUCCCGUUUGAAGGGCAAGGACGGUUCAACCAAAAAGAAGAAGGGCGCCAACUUCGAUGCUGCAGACCAACAGCCCGCGAAGCCACGAUGGGACGACGCUUACACGAGAAAAACGGUCGAACCCGAAGAAAUCCAAGACCUGAUCAGACGUUGCACUGAGGAGCUCAAGGCACGAGCUUUGGACCACCCCUUCCUCCUCCUUCCUUUCCGUCCCACCUCGGACCCUAGUGCUGUCCGUACCUUCAUCCGCCAUUUCUUCGAUGGCAGCCAACCUUUGCGCGGCGAGUUCUUGUCGCAAGAGCUUCGCAUGACUGAGCCUAUGGUCCUUGCCGGCGUAGUAAAAUGGUGCUGGAGCAGACUUCAAGGCGGCGUUGUUGGCUGGGAUGCAUAUGAGCUAUUCAAGGUCGGAGAGCAAGAUUCAAACAUGGCGAGGGACUCGUUCAAGACAUUUAUCCCUCUCAGUGUUGACAACGGAGCUCGAUCAUGCAUCAUUUUCGACUACUUUGAUCUGUUGUCCGCGAUUGCCGCCCAUGGCAAAAUGAACGGUCUGGGCGGACGCAAGCUCUCUCGGAUGGCUGCAUGGUGGGCGUUUGAACAGAAGGACACGGGUAGCGGCUUCGAAGGUGGUUACAAGUCGUGGGCAAGUGCUGCCGACGCUACGAGCCAUUUGUUCUUCGCCUACCUUCGAUCUUUGGCGCCCCAGAAACAGACUCAGGGAAGCAUUUCCAUGCUGCCCAUGUCUCUCCAGAAGCUUUUGCAAGAGACUGAGUACCCUCCUCAGAAGCCCUCAUUGAUGCAGUCUUCGACCUACAAGGUCGUCAUGAUUGUUGACACAGUAUCCCCUACUCCCUUCGCGUUGUUGAGGAGGGCAAAUCACUUCCAAUAUCGUGACGAGGACCGGGCUCUGCGAGAGUUUUCCGAGUACGAAGAUCCCGUUAAAGCGCUGACUGAAGAGUGCCGUCGCGUGCUCAAGGCAAUCUCUUCUGCCAACCAAUCCCAAGUCUCUAGCUCCAAGCACUCGACCAGCUUGAGAGAUGCUUCGUGGUCGCGCUUCGAAGACAUCGGCUUCACCAGUGCACUCGAGGACGAAGACGAAGAGGAAGAAGCUGCCGCAGCGGCUCGAAAGCCACAGGGGUUGAGAACCACGCCAGCAGCAGGCAAUGUUGGCCUCGGACGGCCUACUACGCCUUCUUGGGCCGACUUCUUGUCGUCUGGUUUUGUUGACGACAAUCCUAACAACCCGAACAUGUUGUUGCCUCCCGACAAGGUCCUUCCGCCCAUUGAGACGGCUAUUCGCCAGAAAAGCUCUCAGUCACACAACCCCAGACUCGAGUCCGAUCGCCUGGAGCCCGGUGAAUUGGCCAGCAUUGCCCGUUUCGACCUCGAUGAGGCCUUCUGGUGGGUUUGGAUGAGCAGUCUUGCUCCUGAAGAGACACCGGAGAGGAAGUCCGCCUUUGGUCGCUGUGCCGUGAUCGAGACGGCCAUCAGGUCUGGGCGAUGGCUGGUAAUGGAGGAAAUGGUGGCCGGAGCGGCGCCUGAACCCCAGGAAGGCGCCUACAUCGCCGAGAAGAAGGGCUUCUUUAGUUGGACGCGUCGCAACAAGGGAGUUAACCGCCGCAAGUCUACUGGAAAACACACUUUGGAGAAGGGAAGCAAGAAAGACGAUCCGAACAUCAGCAAGUCGAGCAUCGGUCCAGACCAACAAGCACGGAUUCAGGCUGCCGCUGCACAACUUCAGGCACGACAUCACCAGGAGCAACAGAUGAAGCAGCAGCAAAUUCUUGCUGCCCGCAGAGGACGCAAUGAUGCAUCGGCGUUCGAGAAGACGAAUAGUGUCAUGACUCUCCAGCCCGACAUCCUGCGACAGGCAUCUCCCGCAAUGAAGUGGGCAAACAAGUACGACAAGGAGGCUAUCCGGGAGGCGUACCUUGCAAACAACACAGCUGGACGCGGCAUUGGGGUCUCCACCAUGCAAAGAAACGGAAGCUACGGCAACAAUGAGCACAUGAACGGCCUCGAGGAGGAGGACGACGAGGAACUGCGUCCUGAGCCCCCCGCAAAGUCUCCGUCUCUGCAACCCCAACCUUCACCAUUGACCCAGAACUCAACAGGCUUCCCCCGAUCGCCGUCUCCGCAGCCGCCUCAACAGACCGACGAGAUCUCGGCCCCUUCCGAAAGGACAGAAACCCCAAGCGGCCUCCAACCUGCCGAGAGGUUCGAAUCGGGCGGACGCAGCUCCCCAAUGCCACCGCCGAAGGAUUCUCGCGACGAGGCUCGUGAGAACAUGUUUACCCCGGAGCCGGAUACCAGCCCGAAGGACAAGAAGCAGAAGAAGCUCCACAAGGAGAAGACCGGCGGUGGCGGUCUCCGCAAGUUGUUUGGCCGCAAUAAGAACCGGAACUCGAAGCUCCCCGAGAAUGCCGCCGCAGAUGUGAACGGUAUGCUCCAGCGCGAUACAGCAACUCCUGAGCCGCCAAGACAUGCACCGUCUCCUGUUCCCCAGCCCAUUGCCUCUGAGUCCAACCUUCCUACACCAACGCCCAUCGAGACUUUCACCACGCCAAUGGAGACGCCUCAGCCAGCCCCUGUUGAGACCCAAGCUCACGAGCCGCAGUACGAGCCGUCGGUUGAUGAAUCGCUUUCUCGCAUCGACACCGAGGAUGCCCACGAGGCUAACAACGAGUUCUCCCGGUUCGACCAAGGCCCUCUGCAGGAGCAACCCGCGUUCGUGCCCGACGAUUCGUCCGAAGACGCGGUCCCUCCCCCGAUCGCGAGACACAAGACGCCCGAGCCGCCCGCGAAGACGUCCCCGGUUUCCCCAACGGACGGUUCCCGAAGCCCCCAGGCACAGGAUCGUUGGGCUCAGAUCCGUAAGAACGCUGCCGAGCGUGCAGCUCAGCGACAAAGCGAAGAGCAGAGCCGUGGUGGAUACAGCAAGACCACCGAUGGUGAUGACGACACGAGUGGAGAGGAGACCCGCAUCAAGGCGCGUGUUGCCGAGCUCACGGGCAACAUGGAGAACUCGACCAGCCCGGAUGUUCGAACUCCUCCCCCGAUCCGCCGCUAG